CCUCUGUCCCCCAUUUAUUUUCCUCCGGCUCCUGCAGUAUGAGCCGACAGAUGUUAUGAAAUGGGAAUAAAGCCGUUCCAGCCCAAGGAGUGACCCAAACCUGGGGCUUUUCAUCCCGAAGGAACAACACAAGCAGCGGCAGAAUGCAUUACCAGCUGCUGCGCGGCGGCACCACGGCGGCUGUGGCCGCUAGAAGGGUGCGGAAUAUUCUGGGUUCGGUCUUGGGUCGGGACGGCUGGAUGUGGAGAUUCCACGAGGUCAAACUUGUGAGCACAUCCUCAGGUGACACUGUGACGAUCGGAGAGAUCUCCUACAAACUCAAAACCCCUCAGAAUCCAGAACUGGUUCCCCUCAAAUAUCUUUCAGACUCUGUGCCCCAAACGGUGGCUCAACAUCUCCGAUGGAUCAUGCAGAAGGACCUUUUGGGCCAAGAUGUGUUUCUCAUCGGACCCCCAGGACCGCUAAGACGAUCCAUAGCCAUGCAGUACCUCGAGCUGACGAGGCGUGAAGUGGAGUAUGUGGCGCUGUCCAGGGAUACCACGGAAACGGACCUGAAGCAGAGGAGAGAGAUCCGAUCAGGAACAGCCUUCUACAUCGACCAGUGUGCCGUAAGAGCAGCAACACAAGGUCGCGUUCUGGUCCUGGAGGGGCUGGAGAAAGCAGAGAGAAACGUCCUGCCUGUCCUCAACAACCUCCUGGAGAACAGAGAGAUGCAGCUGGAGGACGGACGCUUCCUGAUGUCGGCUGAGCGCUACGACAAGCUGCUGCAGGAGCACACCAAGGAGGAGCUGGACAACUGGAAGAUUGUCCGCGUGAGUGAGGACUUCCGGGUCAUUGCUCUUGGUCUGCCGGUUCCCAAAUACAAGGGCAACCCUCUGGAUCCUCCUCUCCGCUCUCGCUUCCAGGCCAGAGACAUCUACUACCUUCCUUUCAAGGACCAGCUGGAGUUGUUGUACAGCGUGGGGCCAAAUGUUGCGGCUGAAAGGGUUUCCCAGCUUCUGUCACUCGCCACAACACUCUGCUCCCAGGAAUCCUCCAGUCUGGGCCUCCCCGACUUCCCUGUGGAUAACCUGGUUGCUGCGCUUCACGUUCUGAACACGUUCCCCAUGCUGUCCUCCCAGCAGCUCGUCCAGAGACUUUAUCCCUACAAGAGCAUCCUGGGAAAGGACGGACACACUGCGGUGGAGAGUGUGUUGAGUCGGUUUGAGCUUCUGGACGGCCGUCGCCAGGCAGCGCCCAGCAACGUUUUGAGCGUCUCCUCCUCCAGUGACCGUGAAGGCCACGCGGAUGUCACAGUGCAGGCUGCUGAUAAGGAAGUCACCUUUCAGGUUCCAGCAGGCAGCAAAGAACCGCGCCCACCCAACAGCAGCCUCACCUUCAUCAACACACCCAGCCACUCGCAGCUGCUGGCUGAGAUGAUGCAGUCGCACAUGGUGAAGGAUUUGUGCCUGAUAGGCGCCAAGGGAUGCGGGAAGUCGGUGAUAGCAAGAGAGUUUGCCGAGAUGCUGGGAUACAGCAUAGAGCCGGUCAUGCUCUACCAGGAUAUGACAGCCAGAGACCUCCUGCAGCAGAGGUACACCCUCCCUAACGGAGACACAGCGUGGCGGCCGUCUCCGCUGGUAACCGCCGCCAUGGAGGGCAAGCUGCUGAUUCUGGAUGGCAUACACCGGGUGAACCUGGGAACUCUCGCCGUGCUCUCCAGGUUGCUCCAUGACAGGGAGCUGGACCUGUAUGACGGGACCAGGCUGCUGCGCUGGGACAGGUACCAGGCGCUGAAAGAGCAGGUGCAGUUUAGCGACCAGCAGCUGCAAGAAAGGUCCAUUUUUCCCAUCCACCCGUCGUUCCGGGUGCUGGCCCUGGCAGAGCCCCCGGUAGUGGGGGCCGGCAGCAGCUCCACCAGCAGCAGCAGGGGCCAGCAGCAGUGGCUCGGCCCAGAGCUGCUCACCAUGUUCCUCUACCACUCCGUCUCUCCUCUGGCUAAAGCAGAGGAGUCAGGCCUCAUACAGGGACUGGUCCCCGGUGUUCCAGAGGAAGCAGCGGAGCGGCUGCUGCACCUCACACACAGCCUCCGUCAGACCAACGACCCCACCACGCAGUCUCUAGCCUCGUCCCUGUCCACCAGACAGCUGCUGAGGAUCUGCCGCCGCCUCUCCCAGUACCCUGAUGAGAGCAUCUCUCACGCUGUCAACAAGGCCUGUCUCUCCAGGUUCCUGCCCAGCCUGGCCCGGGCCUCUCUAGAGAAGGCCCUCAGCAACUGCUCCAUACAGGACGCUGCAGAUCCUGCUGGACAAACACGGGACCACAGCUGUGUGGUCCAGGAUGGCGUGUUGACCAUCGGCACAGUGUCCGCUCCCAUCUACAACCCCGACCAUAAGAUGAAGGUUCCAGACGUUCUCUUCUAUGACAACCCUCAGCACAUGACGGUGAUGGAGGACAUGUUGAAAGACUUUCUGUUGGGAGAACACCUCCUGUUGGUGGGGAACCAGGGCGUCGGUAAGAACAAGAUUGUAGAUCGGUUCCUGCAUCUUCUUAACAGACCCAGAGAGUACCUCCAGCUCCACAGGGACACAACCGUUCAGACUCUAACCCUGCAGCCCUCUGUGCGGGACGGUAUCAUCACCUACGAGGACUCUCCCCUGGUGAAGGCAGUGAAGCACGGCCACGUCCUUGUGAUCGAUGAGGCCGACAAAGCUCCCACUAAUGUCACCUGCAUCCUGAAAACUCUGGUGGAGAGCGGAGAGAUGAUCCUGGCUGACGGCCGCCGGAUCGUCUCAGAUCCAUGUGAAGCCAACAGGAGGGCCAACGUCAUAGUGAUGCACCCAGACUUCAGGAUGCUAGUCCUGGCUAACAGGCCCGGCUUCCCGUUCCUAGGCAACGACUUUUUUGGAGCGUUAGGGGACAUAUUCAGCUGCCACGCUGUGGACAACCCAAAGCCCCAGGCAGAGCUGGCCAUGCUGAAGCAGUAUGGCCCCGACGUGCCCGAAGCCACGCUGCAGAAGCUGGUAGGCGCCUUUGGCGAGCUGAGGUCCAUGGCCGACCAGGGCACCAUCACCUACCCAUACUCCACCCGCGAGGUGGUCAACAUCGUCAAGCACCUGCAGAAAUUUCCCAACGAGGGUCUCGCCAACGUGGUCAGGAACGUAUUCGACUUCGACUCGUACAAUAAGGACGCGCGGGACGUUCUGAUCGAGGCUCUGCACAAACACGGCAUUCCCAUCGGAGCAAAGCCAACCUCUGUCAAUCUGGCAAAGGAGUUGCCGCUGCCGGAAGUCAGGAUGACGGGAUACUGGACGUUAAACCAAGGUGGCAACGCUCGCCGCAAGCUGCUCUGUCCCACUGAGACACGCCCCAUAGAUGUCAAGGGCCCGGCGUUCCUGCGAGUCCAGAAUUAUCCCAGCAGUCGGCAGGAAAGCAGGACUCUGAGUUUCAGCGAGGAGAAGGCCCACUGGCAGAUUCCCAUGAGUGAAGUGAACAUCAUCUGCGACGUGGUCAGCUCAGACGAUACGCUGUACGUGGCCAUGUGUAACCCUGUGACCCUGUACUCCAUGAAGGAGCGUGGGGACAAGAUUCAGUGCAUGGAGCUCUAUGACGUCUUCCCCAGGACCAUCAGCGGCGUCUGGCAGCCGUUCGUCACCGUGGCGCCGCUCGGGAGCCCCCUUGAUGGACAAGUGGUGCUGCACGAGGAACAGAGUAACACAGUGCUCCAUUUGGACCUGGUGACUGGGGCCGUGCGGAGGCUCAUGCUGUCUCCAGGCGGGGACCAGACUCCCUCCAGAGCCUCCCACUGGUGGAGCAGCAAAGAACAACAGGGAGGCUAUAAGAUGUGUCGUGACUUUUCUAAGAAAAACUGGCUUCUCUUUUAUAAGGAGGAUGGAAACCAGCUGGAGGUGCUGGACGUGCUGGAGGGCCGGGUUCAUGCCAUCUCGCUCCCAAUCAACUUGAAGGCAGUGUUCCUGGUUGCAGAGGACCGGUGGCUUCUGCUGGAGAGCAACACCAACAAGAAGUUCCUGCUGACCAAGCCCAUGCACACGGCAGCUGAGGACUCUGGAGUGUGUCAGCUUCACAGCAUCGGUGAGGACCCGGUCAGCUCUGGUCAUGGAGCUGCUUCAGCCGAGGUUAUAGUACCCCAGAUGCUGUCGAAUGAGCAGCUGCCCAAUGAGAACCUCAGUGCCGCUUUGGAGCAGAAGAUCGUCUCCCCAAACCGGGUGCUGGCUGACACCAGCUGCUUUGCUCAGAUCAUCGUGGGCUUCCCAGACCUCAUGUCCCCUAAUGAGGUGUACAGCUUUAAGAGGCCAGUCGACCUGUCGGCCAUGAAAAGCAGUGACAGCGGCUCUCACGCGUUCUACAGGGGUGCGCUGCGGAGCGGCUCAGCCAAACGGGAGAACUGUGUCAGUCUGCUCUCAGCCAAUCAGGUGGUCCGAGCCAUCCCACCCACCAAGGCGCCCCUGAGGGACAUCUACCCUAAAGACGUUACUCCUCCAAUGGCAGCAGCAUACCUGGAGGUGACCGACCUGACCUCCAAGAAACUCAAAUACAUUCCGGUUCCAAGGUCGAUGACCGUGUCGCCGUACACCAACUGGUUGUCGAAGGUCUCAGACUGCGACGUGCUGCUGGCCGCUUUGGGUUCCGGAGGCGUGGUCACCGUGGACAUGGGGGGCUACGUCCGGCUGUGGGAAACAGGCCUGGACGCCCUGCAGCGCUCUCUAAUGGAGUGGAGGAACAUGAUCGGCUCGGAGGACGGCAGACCUAUUCAGAUCACGAUUCAGAGGGACAGCGGUUUGGACGUUUCUGCACCAAAACACGGCAAGAUAGACGCCAGCAACGCUCCUCACGUCGGGGGAAACCAGUGGGCUGGAGGCACCGGUGGCAGAGACACUGCAGGGCUGGGAGGUAAAGGUGGGCCUUAUCGCUUAGAUGCUGGACACAAAGUGUACCAGGUGUCCCAGGCUGAGAAGGACGCUGUUCCAGAGGAGGUCCGCAGAGCCGCCCGCGAGAUGGCCGAGAAGGCCUUCAAGGAACGAUUGAAGGAGAUCGAUAUGAGCGAAUACGACGCUUCUACCUACCAGCGCUUCUCCAGCGCAGUGAGGAGGCAGGUUCAGUCCCUGCGGAUCAUCCUGGACAGCUUACAGGCUAAAGGCAAGGAGCGGCAGUGGCUGAAGAACCAGGCUAUGGGAGAACUGGAUGAUGCUAAGAUCAUCGACGGUCUAACCGGAGAGAAAACCAUCUAUAAGCGCAGGGGAGAGCUGGACCCAGAGCUGGGCAGUCCUCAGCAAAAGCCAAAGCGUCUGCGGGUUCUGGCCGACGUGUCGGGCAGCAUGUACCGCUUCAACGGGGUGGACGGUCGCCUGGAGCGCUCCAUGGAGGCCGUGUGUAUGGUGAUGGAGGCCCUGGAGAACUACGAGCACAAGUUCAAGUACGACAUAGUGGGCCACUCUGGCGACAGCUACGACAUCGAACUGGUCCCAGCGGACAAAAUGCCGAAGAACGACAAGCAGAGACUGAAAGUCCUCAAGACCAUGCACGCCCACGCCCAGUUCUGCAUGAGCGGCGACUACACCCUGGAGGCCACCGAGGCCAGCAUCAAGGAGCUGGCGCGGGAGGAGGCGGACGAGCACUUCGUGGUGGUGCUCAGCGACGCCAACCUGGAGCGCUAUGGAAUCCGGCCGGAGCGCUUCGCCCAGGUCUUGACCUCCGACCCGCAGGUCAACGCCUUCGCCAUCUUCAUCGGAUCCCUUGGUGAUCAGGCUGAAAGAUUGCAGAAGACCCUUCCAGCGGGGAGAUCCUUUGUUGCCAUGGACACCAAGCAGAUCCCCCAGAUUCUGCAGCAGAUCUUCACGUCCACCAUGCUGUCCAGCGCUUGACUCCACUAACAGAUUCAACAGACUUUUCACAGUGUGUCCUUCAGCCGUCUCUCUUACAGAGACGGCCAAACUGCUCUGCUGCUGUCGCCGUGGUUUCCUUCAGAAUGAGUCUGACAUGACACAAACACACCGGUGAUGACAUCAUAAAUCCCCAUUCUGUUCCUCUGUCGGUGUGUGUGUGUGUGUGUCUGUGUGGUACAGCAUCAACAUGCAGCAGCCUCUUCCUUCCUGGCUGCUGGACCGCGUGACGCCUUCCACGCUCUCAGUUCUGAAAGGAAUCUCAGAUCUGCUUUCAUUCUCCAAACACACACACACACACUGGUCACUGUGGGGUAACUAUCCCUCGCAUGCUCAGGAAAAGUCUCCACAGACAAGAGGCACGUGCUCACUCUGUCCCUGCUUAUCAUGUUUAACAUUCACGCAUCACUGUCUGGAGCAGAUGGGAUCAAUAAAGCAGCUGAUCGAUCGGUCCAUAUUGAUUCCUCUGUGACAGUGUGAUGGGUUGAGGGGAAAGAGACACUCUGCCAACGUGUUGGGAUGUUUCACCAGUUCAGUAGUGUGUCUUAACUCUUAGAAUGAUAGUUCAUACUAUUGCUGAUGCAGUCACUUCUUUAAUUGUACAUGGUUGUUAAUUUAAGAUUAUAUAACAUGUAAAACUAAUGUAAAAACAAUCUCAUAAAGCCAUGUUGCUGUUUAUGAUCA